AUGCUAAGCAACAAAUUGCGCACCCUGGCCCUGGUCCUAGGAGCCGCCCUGGUCAGGGCAGUGGACGCAGCGCCAGCAUCUCAAGGAUCAUGGAACUCCGCAUUAUCGCAAGUCUUCGAGACGACCGAUCGACUCCCGCUACCGAAUCUCGGUAACCUUGUCGCUCAUGAUCCAAACAUCGUCCAGUACGAAGACCACUACUACCUCUUCAAGGGCGGACACCAUGUCCCGAUCUUCAAAGCCGACAAUCUCAGUGGACCCUGGGCCCAGAUCGGCACCGUGCUAGACGAUGAUAGCAUCAUUGACGUCGGGAACCGGUCGCGACCCUGGGCCCCGACGACAAUUUUCAAAAAUGGCACCUUUUAUUGCUAUUAUACACUAAGCCACGCCGGGAGCCGCCAUAGCGCGAUUGGAGUUGCGACGACCACUAAAUUAGACGGCACUCCGUGGAAGGAUCACGGUGCUGUGAUUCGGACUGGGGAAGGGGAGGGCUCCGAUGUGUUCCCAUUCACCCAGACGAAUGCGAUCGAUGCGUCCUUUAUCACCGACCAGGAAACUGGAAAGUCUUAUCUGAAUUAUGGCAGUUUCUGGCAUAAUAUCUGGCAGAUUCCGCUCGCCGAUGAUCUUCUCUCUAUUGAGGAGCCGCAGCAUCCUGAUGCGGUUCAGUUGACCUUUAUGCCGGAUGAGAAGAUUAAGCCGGAGGAAGGGUCUUGGAUGAGCUAUCAUGACGGUUAUUAUUAUACUUGGUUUAGCCGUGGCAAGUGUUGCAAGUUUGGUGGGGAGAAAGCAGGUGGGUUCCCUGGUAGGGGCCAGGAAUAUAAUAUUCAUGUUGGACGGUCGCGGAAUGUCCGUGGUCCGUUUGUUGAUAAAGAUGGAGAUUCACUUGUGGAGGGCGGUGGCACGGUUGUCUAUGCUUCGAAUCAUGGGCUGGUUUAUGCGCCUGGUGGCCUGGGAGUGUUGGCUGGGAAUGACUCGACCCCGGAUAUUCUCUAUUACCACUACCUCAACACGAGUAUUGGGUUCAAAGAUGGAGAUGCGCAUCUCGGCUGGAAUUUGUUGAAAUAUCAGGAUGGUUGGCCUGAAGUUACAACUGUGAGUGCUGGUGCCAUAUUCAGCCUUCCCGGUUGGCUCUAUUUGACGACUUUGAUGGGGUUCUGGCUAUGUAUCUGGUUCUAG